AUGUCUUACCUGUCCUUCCUGUGUGCUCGUCUUCUGGACCUGCAGGACGAAACCAGAGCAGCUCAGGUCACACAGGCUUACUGGAGGAGGAAAUGCAGUUUAAAGAAAGAUGUGCAGCUCUACAAGCUGCUUUUCCACCACCAUUGCGCUCCAUGUCAGUUGAAGGUCAUGCUGGCUGAGCACAACAUGUUCCUGCAGGAGGCAAACAACGAAGUGGAAAGACAGUUGUGUGACACCAGGGCACUGGUGGAGAGCGCAAGUGUCGGAGAGACCACUCCUCCACUGCGACACUGGACCCGAGAUGACAUCCAGGUGACCAGGAUCGAAAGGCUGUUCCCUCUCUCAAACACCCUUGAAGCUGAGCCACCAUUCAUAGGAGCUGCAUUGGUGUUUGUCUUGCUGGGGAACCUCUACAAGAGGAAUGACAGACUCUCAAUCUCAAUGCUGCAAGGUCCAAAGUGUCCUGGCAUCCGCAAGGUUCAUGUCACCCUUGAAGUUUUGCCAAGAGCUGGCCACCAGGGAUGCAUUCCCUCCCUGCACUUUCUGACGCGCACCAGAGAGUUUAUCUCCAGAGCCGGCAAGGAUGUGAAAACCUGUUUGGAGACUGAUUUUAUGUUCUUUGAAUCCAGAGUCUUUGCUAAUGUGAAGUUCAGGGACAUCAACAAAAGCAAGCGCAUCACAUGGAGGUCCACCCUGAAGAUCAAACCCUGUCCCUGGACACCAGAGUUGUUUGGUAGGGGACAUUUGCAUUGAGAUUGAGAGGAGAGAUCUCACCUACACCCGUAAUCUGGAGUGCUACAGGGAGCAUGGAAUGCCCUGGCUACCUGCUGCGA